UAGGGAAGGGAUAGAGGAAAGGUCCCGCGCGCGGAAGACCAGAAACGGGGAGGUGAAGUCCGUGCGGCACUAGCUCGUGCGGGUUUAGUUUGGAUUCUGUUCUGCGCGUCAACAUGGGGGGCUGGCAAGCGAUUUCAUACCUGGCGUUAGCGUUUUUAAUCUCUCACGCGGAUGGGCUGAAAACAUACAGAGAUAUGUUCGCUCACGCGCAUUCGGUGAAGUUCCCUCCAAUUCCUGGAUGGUUCCCGGACAGCAACCCGUGGGAUGACUAUCUGUACCCGCCUUUCAGACCGCAGGACCUCCUCCUGCGAGGAAAAGGUAAACACGUGAGCGUGCACCUGAGCAGCGACGGCCCGGCGAUCCAGGGGUCCUGCAUCACCUUCACGGCGGCGCUGGAGUACCCCAAGUGCCAGCGGGAGGACGCUAAUGGGGACGCUAACGGGGACGCGGUGUACGACGAGCACUGCGACGACGGUACGGAGGCCUCAGCGAAUGGGCAGGUGCGCACAGUAUAUAGCUGGACGUCCUGGCUGGAUGAUUAUGGAUUUGGGAAGUGUUUGGACCCAUCUCUCUGUAACGUGUUCCCCGACGGGAGACCCUUCCCACAGAGCAACGACUGGAGACGCAAGAGCUACGUCUAUGUGUGGCACACCAUGGGUCAGUACUUUGAGACCUACAGUGGCUCCUCCUCCAGUCUGACCCUGAACACCAGUAAGGUGGAGCUGGGGGCGGGCAUGAUGGAGGUGAUGGUGUACCGCAUGCGCGAUCGCAGGAAGUACAGCCCGACCGCCUCCGAUAACGGGGUCUACUUCGUCACAGAUAAGAUCCCGCUGGCCGUGAACCUCUCUCAGAAACAGGCUCAGAACCUGUCGGAGAACCUCUUUGUGAGGGGCGCAGACUUGGUCUUCAACGUUCUGCUCCACGACCCCAGCAGCUACCUGAAGACGGCGGCCGCCGUUGACUACAUCUGGGACUUCAGCGACGGCAACCAGCUGGUCACCCAUAGCAACGUGGCCACGCACGCCUACAGCGACCUCGGCAACGUCACGGUCAAGCUGAUAGUGCAGGCGGCCUUUCCUGUGCCCUGCCCCCCCUCCAAACCCACAGCCAAUCCAACAGCCCCCCCAGAGACACACACAGCCACCGGGAAAGUGGGACCAACACGGGCUGCUACCACGGUAACAUUUCCAAGGACAACUGCUGCUGUUCCUGUGACAACUGCUGGUGUUCCCAUGACGACGGCUGACAUGACGACAGUGCUCCCCACGACAGAACCACUGCCCCCCACCACAGACGCGGUGAAGACCCCCGGGUUCAGCGGGACCCCGACGGCAGGGGCCGACCCCACCCAUCCUGAGAGCACUGCCCCGCCCCUGUGGCACCAGCGCCCCCUACAGGAGACAGAGUGCUACCGCUACCUCUAUGGCAACUUCCAGAAGGAGAUCCUUAUCGUGGAGGGAAAGCUGGCCGUGCAGAGUGUGCAAGCCAAUAAGAUCACAGACGUGUCUGCUGCCAAGGUGACCAACACCACGGUGAGCUUCCUGGUGAAGUGCCUGGGCAGCACCCCGACCUCGGCCUGCACCAUCAUCUCCGACGCCCCCUGCAGGGAGGUGCAGAACAUUGUCUGUGACGACGUGCCGCCCGCCCCGGCGUGUGAGGUCACACUCAAACGCACCUUCCUGCACCCCGGGACCUACUGCGUCAACAUCACCCUGGAGGGCGUGGCCAGCCUCGCCCUGGCCUCCACCCACGUCACCAUCGAGCCUGGGGAGAAGGUGUCUGAAGCUCCACAGGCUGCGGCGGUGGUACUGAGCACCAGCGCCGUCCUGGUGGCCAUAUUUGGCUUCAUCGCCUUCACUGUGUACAAGCGCUAUAAGGUUUACCGCCCGGUCCGACGGUCGCCCGCGGAGACGGAGGAGGGCGGGGUCUGGCUGCGCUUCGGGCGGCUGAGGAGCUCACGGUUUCCCGCCAACGAGGAGAGGAGCCGGCUGCUCCACAACAGACCCCCGCUGUAGGCCCCUCCCACUAGCGCUGCAGGCCACACCCACCCCAGCUAUACCCACCCAAACACCUUCAGCUGCAAUCCCAUCCCAACCACACCCCACCCAAACACCUUCAGCUCCAAUCCCAUCCCAACCACACCCCACCCAAACACCUUCAGCUCCAAUCCCACCCCAUCCAAACAGCUUCAGCUCCAAUCCCACCCAAACCACACCCACCCCAGCUAUACCCACCCAAACACCUCCAGCUCCAAUCCCACCCCAACCAAACACCUUCAGCUCCAAUCCCAUCCCAACCACACCCCACCCAAACACCUCCAGCUCCAAUCCCACCCCAACCACACCCACCCCAGCUAUACCCACCCAAACACCUCCAGCUCCAAUCCCAUCCCAACCACACCCCACCCAGAAACCUUCAGCUCCAAUCCCACCCCAACCACACCCACCCCAGCUAUACCCACCCAACACCUUCAGCUCCAAUCCCACCCCAACCACACCCACCCCAGCUAUACCCACCCAAACACCUUCAGCUCCAAUCCCAUCCCAACCACACCCCACCCAAACACCUUCAGCUCCAAUCCAUCCACCCACACCCCACCCAAACACCUUCAGCUCCAAUCCCACCCCAUCCAAACAGCUUCAGCUCCAAUCCCACCCAAACCACACCCACCCCAGCUAUACCCACCCA